AUGCAGUGUCGCACGCCCAGCGGGAUCAGCGUCGUUGACCAUGCCGCCGCCGCACUGCGCCCAGAGCUUACCUCGCGGAUGGGCGAGCUUGAAGGAACGCCGCUGCCCGACUACCAGCCCCCGCGGGUCAACUUGCGGGCUGCGGGCUGCGCGCGCGCAGAUUCGGUCCCACGGCGCGCCGCCCUCGGCGUGCGCAUCCGCUCACGCCAGCGCAGCACAUUGCCUGGGCCUGGGACGCGUCCGCGUUGCAGCCCGCCAAACCGUAUCUGCAGGAUGCGCCGAGCCAAGUGCCAAGCAAGCAGGGUGCACAGUGCCCUGCAGUGGAUGAAGCAUUGCCCAGACCUGGAGCACUGGGCCACGGCGCAAGUGGCGCGCUGGGCCGAGGGCGCACACCAGCUGGCCGCAGCAACCGCGCACUGGAGGUCGGUUCUCGCCCCUGAGGUCAAAACAGUUUUGCCCCCAGACUAUAAUGGCCCGCUCCACAGGGCAAUGCUGGACGCGUCUGGUCACGCAGACCUGGCUGUGUGCGACGACAUCGAGCGCGGUUUCCCGAUGGCGGGGCUCAUGCCCGAUUCCAUGCUUUUCGGCAGCGCGGACCGUGGGCACCUGCCCAAUCGUCGGGACCUCGCAGAUGCGCUGCAGCACGCGCUCCAGCGCCUGGACCGCACGCUGAAGGACCUCCUGAGCAAACCGCGCCAGGAGCCAGGAACGCAGGACAUCUUGCGCCAAACGCAGGAGUACGUUGCGGCAGGGAAGAUGGAGGGCCCAUGGGAGGUGCCUAGGGUGCAACACCGCGCGGCAAACAGCUACGACGUGCGGCCUAUUGACAGCUGCACCGCGAGCGGCCUCAACCCCGCAGCCACGGCCAUCGAGGCCAUGCGAGUCACAGGGCUCUCCGCGCUCAUGGCCACCAUCCAGCACGUGGCAGAAGUUUUUCAGGAUUGGGGCAGCGACGGCGAACCGCUUCUCGCGAAGGGGGAGCACAAGAAGGCAUGCCGCCAGUGGCCCGUUCGCCCAGAUGAGCGCAAUUACGUGGUAACACAGGUCUGGAGCGACGACGUGGGCACCGAAGGCGGCUUCCUCGCGUUCGCCCACAUAGCCCUGCCCUUCGGCGCCCUCGGCGCUGUCUGGGGGUGCGCGCGCGUCGGCGGGAGUGUUUGCCACGCGCUCCAGCGCUUGUUCGCGGUCCCUCAGAUGGCGUACGUCGACGACUUCUUCCGCGCCUCGCCACGCCGCUUCGCCGCG